CCUGCACUGAGCUCGUUGUCUAGGGAAGGUCUCACCUCCAGCCUUCAGCAAUCAGGAUUACAGAAAGCCCACCCUCUGCUCAGGGAGCACCAUGACCGAAGUUGGUUGGUGGAAGCUGACCUUCCUCCGGAAAAAGAAAUCCACCCCCAAGGUGCUGUAUGAGAUCCCUGACACCUAUGCCCAAACGGAGGGCAGCGCGGAGCCCCCGCGGUCCGAGGGUGGGGACUCCAACAGUGACUUUAACACCCGCCUGGAGAAGAUCGUGGACAAGAGCACAAAGGGCAAGCACGUCAAGGUCUCCAAUUCUGGCCGCUUCAAGGAGAAGAAAAAAGUUCGAGCCACACUGGCGGAGAACCCCAAUCUUUUUGAUGACCGGGAGGACAAAGGACAGUGA